AUGUGUGAUGCUAUCAAGUACAAGCCAACCAAUGCCUGUCUACUCAAAGAUCCUAGUCCUGAAGUACGUUCAAUUGCAAUUAUAGGAACAUGUACUGUUCUCAAUCAGCAUUGGGAAGAUAUUCCAUCUGAAGUAAUCAAAGUAUUAAUACAAAUAUUAAUAACUGAUUUGGCUUUUGAUUCAUCAUCAGCUGAAGUAAGAGCAUCUGUAUUUAAGGGCUUUAAAGUAUUGCUUGAUAAUCCUUUAACUCAUCCUACAUUAAAGACUAUUUUCCCAGCUUUACAAAAUUGCUUUCAUGAUAUUGCUGAAAGAGUGAGAAUAGCAUUUUGUAAUCUUCUUUUAAAAAUAANUGAAUGGAAUUUGAAUUGCAUUAUUUUACUUGGGAGAGGAAUAUAUCUGUAUGCAAAGAAAAGUUUAAAUAAUUUAAGUGAUUCACCACCUAAUAUUUCUGAAGUUCAUCCCAGAUGUCGGAACAUAGAAAAUAAAGAGAAUUUUUCAAUUAUUUCAACUGAAUCGCUUAAUAUAAUUACUGAUACUGAAGAUAAUAGGAAUGAUUUACCAUUUCAUGAUCCUGAAGUUUCUAUUGGUGUUUUAGAUGCUAUGUCUAUUAUGUGGUCAGGCAUCAACAAUAAAUUACAUGAGUAUUGGGAAAUUGUUCCAAUAGAGCAUCUAAUGGCUCGCUUAGAAGAAGACAGUAAAUCAGUUGUUCGGCAUAUUGUGAAUAUUAUUCAUAGCAGUUAUAUUCCAGUAUCUAAGCCUGCUAUUGUACAAUUACAAAGAUGUUUACUUUUGAUUAAAGAAUACAGAGCAGCUUCUCGAGUCUUUUUUCAAUAUGUACAUCAAUAUAUUGGACUUGAAGCAACAGUGAAUUGCAUUAUUUUACUUGGGAGAGGAAUAUAUCUGUAUGCAAAGAAAAGUUUAAAUAAUUUAAGUGAUUCACCACCUAAUAUUUCUGAAGUUCAUCCCAGAUGUCGGAACAUAGAAAAUAAAGAGAAUUUUUCAAUUAUUUCAACUGAAUCGCUUAAUAUAAUUACUGAUACUGAAGAUAAUAGGAAUGAUUUACCAUUUCAUGAUCCUGAAGUUUCUAUUGGUGUUUUAGAUGCUAUGUCUAUUAUGUGGUCAGGCAUCAACAAUAAAUUACAUGAGCCAAAAAACAAAGAACAGUUAAAAUUACUUAUUGCAAAUCUACAAGGAUUUAUGAGUACUCUGUUUAAAUUUUUUAAGGAUAAAGAUGCUUGUGAUUCUGUAAUAUAUCUUUCAAGUUUUUUCCCAUCAUCUUCAGUACCAACAUUUUAUGGUCAGUGUUUCAAUCGAUUAAAAAAUCUUCCAGAGGAUAGUAAAUCAUUGGACUUUAGUAACAUAUUAGAGAGUCUUUGUAAUCAUGGUCGUGCAGUUGAUGUUUUAGAACUUAUAUCAGAUUGGAUUGCACAUGGUCUAAAACAGAAUCCUAAUGAACUUUCUCAAAAAGAAUUAAAAGUGCAGACUAAAAAGAGAGUGAAAUUUAUAGAAAUUGAUAAGCCAAAACCAUUAUUAGCUCUGAAUUUACUUGAAGGAUUAUUACAACUUCCAUUGUGUAGAGAGAGAAUUUUAAAUCAUCAAGCAUCAAUACUUAAACAUAUAAUAAAUCAACUCAGUUCUGUAAAGGAUCUUUUGCAAAAACGUUUUAGUAAGGAAGAAUUUUUAAAUCAUUGUUCUGAUGAGUUUCUUCUAAAAGCUUUUAUUUUACAUAACAAAUUGAUAUUGUUGCUUCAAAAAAAUGUAAGCUCAUUAUUUUAA